AUGGUGAAGCGCGCCAAUCGGGCUGAGGCUCAACCGGUGCACAACCCAGCCAGAGUUCCUUUCAACCGUUGCUCAUCCGUCUCCAACACCUCUCCAACCCCCCCUCUCCCCCACCCAUCACCCUCCCCCCCCUCUCUUCCUCCCGCUCCCCCUCCUUCUCUCCACUCUCUCCCUGCUCGGCUGCUUCUCCCAUUCUUCGCAGCUACUACCCGGCCAUCUGCUGUCGUCGCCGCGGCCAGGUGUCCCGCCGUGGUCGCCGCCGCCGCCGCCGCCACUCCCACCGUCGCUGCGGCCGCUGGCAAGACGGCCAAGCCGAAGAAGAAGGUGGACUCGGCCGUGAAGCGCGCCAAGCAGGCGGAGGUGCGGCGGGUGUACAACAAGUCCCGGAAGACGGAGAUGAGCACGCGCAUGAAGAAGGCGUUCCUUGCUCUGGAGGAGCUGAGCAAGAGUGCAUCCCCAUCAGAGGAGCAGCUGCUGGCAGCAGAGAAGCUCAUCUCGGAGGCAUUCUCCAUCAUCGACCGGUCCGUGAAGGUCAACGCCAUCCACCAGAACAAGGGUGCGCGCCGCAAGGCUCGGCUCUCCCGGGCCAAGCGCGCUACGCUGGUUUCUCUUGGCUGGUACACUCCCGAGCCUGCUGCUGCCUAG